AUGGCGUUUCCACAGCCUAACGCACAAAGAGAAUUAACUAACAGGAAGAUAUUAGAAGAACUCCAGUUGAAGAAGCAGAUGCUUCUUAAGCAGGGUGCUGUGGCUCCACUGACUGCUACCUCCAUAUCACUGACGCAGCCUAGCCCGGUCAGCCAGUUGCCUAUGUGCUCAAUACCUCCUGUGUCGGCCACUGCUGGUUUUCCCCAACUACCAGAAGCUAACAUAGUAAACACGAGUCAUAGAGCAGCAUUACAACACGCUAACGCCACCUCUUGUGGCUAUUUCGUCUCUCAAGACUCUUCAUUUGGAAACCAGAUUCUUCCAGUUCUUCCUAGAUUUGAUAACAAGUGA